AACUAUCAGUAACAGUUGGACUACUUUGCUGCUCGGGGUUGGGAUACUUUUGUUUAACUUUGUUUUUCGAAGACAAGCUGAAAUAAAUCCCGUUUUUGAUUCAAGCUCCGAGUCCCGGAGCUUUUUGCUCUUACCUGUGGAGCAAAUGUGUCAAGUGGCAAGCAACGGUUUCCGCUCGUGCGGUGUUGUGAUGGCUAGCCGUGGACGCUAGCAGGCUAGCUAGCUGUAUGGCUGCUGUCGGUACUGCUGCACAGAGGCGAUAAUUAGCUUGCGAAGCGGGCGACGCACGCCAUCUCUUAACACCAUUUAACGAAUAAUGCGUUGGAUAAUAUUGCAGUAAGGUGAGUGUCAUAACAGACACAGUUAACCUAGUUUCGCAUGUUAAAUCGCUAGCCUAGCCAGCUGAAUCAUUCCGGCUCAGACUAUUCCCUGGAUUCAGAGACAUUCCACCAGAUAUCACAUGUUUACAAAAUGUUCAUUUCACACUCAGAUUUAUGGUGGUCUCUUUGUGUGCAGUUUUUGUAGACUCGGUGGUUAACACGACUAAUUUUAAUGCAAUGUCAUUGCUUGUCUGUCAAUGUUUCAAUACAUAGGUUCAUAUUUUUAUAAUCAAACAUCCCCAAGUUAGCUUGCCACGCCAGUAAAUAGCCCCCCGGCACGCCGUGCUGGCAGCAGAAGUCCUCAACACAGUCUGAGACAUGAACAAAGUGUUGUGUCGGCGAUGUAGAUAAACUGGAUUGUUUUAACAUCCAUGGUGCUUUAACCGAGGGGAACAGAAAAGCGGUUUGACGGACGAAGCAUCCCUGUUUCGGACGAUCACCAGAUGGAAAUAUUAUAUCAAUACCAAGUGGAUUACUCAUCAUGCCUUUCAAAAUUAUGGAGUAGAUUUCUUCACAAACAUCAUGCGCGCCGUCAGAUCAAAUCUCGCCCACUGCUGCAGUGAUUCCUUACAUUUGGAUGUAUCAGUCAGUUUUUAAAGACCAGUAGCCACGACUGGAUGUGCGGACUUAUCUCCUUUUUUUCUUUUUUUAAAUGUGAUUCCGGUAAAACAUUAAUUAUGUGUCAAGGUGGGUUGGAAGUGCUCAUAUUCCUAUAAACAUUAGCGUUAAUUCGUGCGAAGGAAGCCCAAAGAAGGAAGUCCAGGACGGGAUAGGUACACUAAAACUACCCGCUCCCAAAGAAACAUGGCCUCGGUUUGGAAGAGACUGCAACGUGUGGGGAAGCAUGCAUCCAAAUUCCAGUUCGUGGCUUCCUAUCAGGAACUGAUGGUGGAAUGCACUAAGAAAUGGCAACCAGACAAAUUGGUGGUGGUGUGGACACGCCGAAGUCGGCGGAAAUCUUCCAAGUCCCACAGCUGGCAGCCUGGCAUCAAAAACCCCUACAGAGGAGUGGUGGUGUGGCCUGUACCAGAGAACAUUGAGAUCACUGUCACUCUGUUUAAGGACCCCCAUGCAGAGGAGUUUGAAGACAAAGAGUGGACGUUUGUCAUUGAAAAUGAGUCUCCAUCAGGGCGGAGGAAGGCCCUGGCCACCAGCAGUAUAAACAUGAAACAGUACGCAAGUCCAAUGCCCACACAGACGGAUGUCAAACUCAAGUUCAAGCCCUUGUCGAAGAAGGUGGUGUCAGCCACGCUGCAGUUCUCCCUCUCUUGCAUCUUCCUCCGUGAGGGAAAGGCUACUGAUGAGGACAUGCAAAGCCUGGCCAGUCUGAUGAGCAUGAAGCAGGCAGACAUCGGCAACCUGGACGACUUUGAGGAGGAGAAUGAAGAGGACGAGGAGAACAGAGUUAACCAGGAGGAGAAGGCUGCCAAGAUCACAGAGAUAGUAAACCAGUUGAAUGCCCUCAGCUGCUUACAUGGGGAUGAUGAUGAUGAUGAUGGUGUCCUUAAGCGAGCACGCAAAGCAACCGCUAAGCCUGCCGCUUCCUCCCAAGAGCUCAUCAACAAGCUGAACUUCCUGGAAGACGAGGAUCAGGAAGCAUCUCCUGCCAUGGGCUCAAAUCCCUUUGAUGAUCCUGAUGACGACCUUCAUCCCAACCACCUCAAUCCGUUUGGUGAUCCUGACGAGGAUGAGCCCCCUGCCCAGCCGGUCUUAAGGCAGCGGGUUGAUGAGGAUUCCUUCUAUGAUCAGGACUCCAUGAAUCCGUUCGAUGACCCGGAUGAACCUGAGACAGACGAAACCCCUGGAAACCCUUUCGAUGAGCCUGAACAGGAUAUGGACCUCCAGCCAGACCCAGAACCCCCCAAGCCCAGGCAGAGGAAAGGAGUUCGGCCUGUCGACAUGAGCAAGUACUUAUACGCCGACACCUCCCACAACGAAGAGGAGGAGCUUGAUGAAUCUAACCCAUUCUACGAGCCAAGGACAUCGAGCCCUGUGCAGCCCCCCGCUGGCAGCCCCUCCCUGGAUGUUGGCAGCGGCCAGAAAAGAAGGGCUCCCCCACCCCCAAGUUCCAGCCCUGGCCUCGGCCCCAGUCCGCCAGCUCCCAAACCCAGCGCUGGCCCAGACAGAGAGAGAGCCCUGCCAGUCGGGCCCAGCCCAGUCGCAGCAGUGAGAGAGCUGGCCUCCUCUUCCCCCAAGCCCAGCCCUGUCCCGAGCCCAGUUCUGGGAGGAAAGCCCAACGCCAGCCAGUCUCUGCUGGUCUGGUGCCGCGAGGUCACAAAGAACUACCGCGGGGUGAAGAUCACCAACUUCACCACAUCCUGGAGGAAUGGCCUGGCCUUCUGUGCCCUGCUGCACCACUUCAGACCAGAUAAUAUAGACUACAAGUCGCUCAAUCCUCAGGAUAUUAAAGAAAACAACAAAAAGGCAUAUGAUGGUUUUGCGAGCCUGGGUAUCUCCCGUCUCCUGGAACCGUCAGACAUGGUCCUCCUCGCCAUUCCUGACAAGCUAACAGUUAUGACGUACCUGUACCAGAUCCGGGCCCACUUCUCCGGUGAGGAACUCAACGUGGUGCAGAUAGAGGCCAACAGCAGCCGCAGCACCUACAAGGUGGGCGACUUUGAAACGGAUACAAACGCCUCCAUAGGUCAGGACAAGUUCUAUGCUGAACUCAACGACGUGCAGCACCGCCAGGCUCAAUCUGAGCCUACUGAAUCUGCUAGUGGUAUUAACACUGAAUCUAACGGCACUAAAGCCGCCGAGGAGGAGGUGAUGGAGCCGGGUUGGAAGGCCGACGUAGGAGUGGCCAGCUUGUCAGCAGCAGGGUCUUUGCUGUCCUCCCCUCCGGUCCCAUCGCCACGCACAGCAUUAGCCGCCUUGGCAACAGACUCGACACACGUGACACCGUCGAGCUCUGAGGACAGGGGGAGUCUACUCAAAGCCAAAACUUUAGACCUUAGUGAGUUACCACAGAGAGUGGAGAGAGAGAUGGAGAAGGAAAGACAGCAGAGCAAUGAGGCGGGAGAGGAGAGAAGGGAGGGAAGUACGGACCCAGGGUCCCCAACCAGGAGAGGGGCCUCCCCGCCCCACCAGAAACUAGGCUUCUCCUAUAACAGGGAUGCUGACCUCAUAAAGAAGAAGAGGGCCAGCCUGCGUCACUCGGAGUCUGAACCCGCCUCAGACACCAGCUCCACUCCAGUCAACCACACAGACACGCCUCCCAAACAGGAGCCAACGCCUGCCCCUGUAUCAAGUCCUCCUGCUGAGAAGAAGGUACUGUCUCGUCAGGAGGAGCUGAAAGAGAGAGCCAGACUCCUCCUAGAGCAGGCCCGCAGAGAUGCUGCGAUGAAGGCUGGCAACAAGAGCGUCCCCAACUCAGCCGUCAAUGCUGCAAACAGGCCAACAAACGUCUGUGAUGAGCGGGAUGCAGAGCGGCGGAGACAGCUGAGAGAGCGAGCCAGGCAGCUGAUAGCUGAGGCUCGAUCCGGAGUCAAGAUGUCUGACAUGAGCCUGCUGGACGUGUCUAGCACUGACAGAGGCAAGGGCAGCAAGGCUAGCCCUGCUGGAGAUGUUUUGGAUGGAGUGCGAAGUCAUCAUGAGGAUGAUGGUGACAGGGGUGAGGAUGAGGAGGAGGGGAGGGCUGACGAAGAGCAGCUCCAUUUUGGUGAAGGUGGCGAUAAUGAAGAUGAUGAUGAUUCUGUUGCUGCCACAUCUGCAUCUGCACUGGUUACUAACCCACUGCAAAUGGAGGCCUUUCUGCCAGCCACCUCCAGCACCCUCACACCCCUGGAGUUUACUAACCCCGGCUCUGAUCUAACCUCUCUGGGUCCAAACAGUAAGCACGUGGAUCUGAAGCUGAAGAAGCUAGUGGAGGUCAGCCCAAGAAGAGUCGCCUCCCCUUCAUCCCCGUCCUCCACCUCCUCUUCAUCCUCACCAACUGCCUCCUCCACCUCGCCAGUCAGCCCUGCAGAAGGAUUGGAGAAUAACGCUGAGGAGUUACGAGCGGAGCGGCUGCGCAGAGCGACAGAGAGGUUGCGUAGCCCCGUAGUCUUCAACAAGGAUUCUGCAGUCAGAAAAACCCAGCUGAAGUCCUUCAGCCAGUAUGUGGAGAGCAGACCAGAGGUGAAGAGGCAAAAGUCUAUUCCUGAGGAUCUGAAGAGGGCUGAGGAGGACAGAGGAUCACCGACAGACCUUGAUAUUCGCAGGCCAUUUGAAGAGGAGAAGGCGUUCAAAGACACCAGUCAGUAUGUGGUUGGGGAGCUGUCUGCGCUGGAGAGCGAGCAGAGGCACAUAGACGCCCGAGCAGCUCGCGUGGAGAAGAGGCUGCGCUAUCUCAUGGACACAGGCAACAACAAGGAGGAGGAGGAGGCCAUGAUGCAAGAGUGGUUCAUGUUGGUCAACAAGAAGAACGCACUCAUCAGGCGACAGAACCAGCUCUCUCUGCUGGAGAAAGAGCACGAUCUGGAGAGACGCUUCGAACUGCUGAACAGAGAGCUGAGAGCCAUGCUGGCCAUCGAGGACUGGCAGAAGACAGAGGCCCAGAAGAGACGAGAGCAGCUGCUGCUGGAUGAGCUGGUCAUACUGGUGAACAAACGGGACGCGCUGGUCAGGGACCUGGACGCUCAGGAGAAACAGGCCGAGGAGGAGGACGAGCACCUGGAGAGGACGCUGGAGCAGAACAAAGGAAAGAUGGCCAAGAAAGAGGAGAAGUGUGUGCUUCAAUGAUUGUCAAGUCAGAAAAACACAACCAACAAAUGUAGCCGAUAAAAGAAAUGUAUCAUUAUUAUUAUGAAUAUUAUUAUUAUUAUUAUUUCAUAGUGGCUUUCCUAGACAUUUCUAUCAGUUAUUUGGAUCCUGAUGUGGUUGUUGUUUCGGGCCGAGUUCAGAGGCCCAGUGAUGCCUUUGCACCAACUUUAUACUGACUCAAAACUAUCCCACUUAUAUACGAUGUUUUUAUUUUAAUUCUCCUUUUUGUUUACCAGGAACGGUACUUGUAUGUAAUAUAAAUAUGUAAGAGAGGAGAGCAAACCCUGUGUGAUAUUUGCAUGUUCUGAAGCAGCAGCAGCAGCACAGCCUUCUCUGUCUGAAUGUGGAGAACAGUCGGUGUGAGGUACAGCACAAACUGGGUUUUAGUGGGGGGGAUUUUUUUUCUCAUCAUGUUGAGGAGAUGAUGUUUCAGUUGGACUUUUAAAAAGGAAAAAAAAAGAGUCGUUAUAAUAUCAGUCUUUUCAAGCUACUUCAUUACUUGAUUGUGUAUCUUUUAAUUAUUUCAUUCUAGAGUUUUUACUUGUAAAAUAUCUUAAAAGGGGAGGGGGGGCGCAUUCAUAAAUCUUGCAUAAAUCUUAACUUUUCCUAUUGCUUUUUUUAUUGUCUUGGCUUGAAAGAAGUUUACCAAAAGAAACACCAAGUUUAAAAACAAAAAAAUAUCUCAAGUUGUAUAUUGUCAUCACUGCUUUGACCAAUAGCUUCCAAAAUCCUCUUUUCUUUCCUUUUUUUUUCAGGAUUCAUGCAGUCAAAAACAAGAAAUAUAUAUAUUAUUUAUUGCCGUUUGUCCUUUUAUGCUGCUUGUAAUAAGUGAAUCUACCAUCACGUUUCAUGUGCAUUUUUGCUCAACAACUUUUUGGUUUCUAUUUAUUGUAUACUGAAGAAGAGAAAUAUGCUUCCACGUGCAUCACUUAGAGCUCCACAUCUGGUGCAGUUGUCCUUUACGUGUUGAACAUUUAUCUGUUUAUUUAUUCCAGUGUCAUAACCCAAGUCUUCAAUAAUAAAGUCCUUAUGAUUUCAUACUC